AUGACAGAUACCGAGAUUUGUGCCGGUUGUCUCAGAGUUAAUGAAAGAGAGAUUGCUGUCUCGUGGUGUAAUGAUUGUGGGGAACCAGUUUGUCGACCUUGUGAUAAAGCCCAUAGGAGAUUUGCUGUACCUCAUGACGUCAUUGAUAUAAAAGAUAUAUCCAACGUUAGCAAAACCAUAACCAAGAUUUGCAGAGAACAUACUGGACAGACAUUAAUCUUUUUUUGCAUCAUUCACGAUAAAAUUGUUUGUCAUGUCUGUAUAUCCGAAUCACAUAAAGAGUGUGAUAUCAACCAUAUAGAGAAAGCUGCCAAGGGAAUUAAGGACAGCUCAGCAAUACAUGAUCUGAAACAACGAAUACACAACCAGAAAGAUACCAUAGAAAAGUUGAAGGAGGAAUACCAUGAGCUGUCUAGCAAGAUAGGCCAAGACAAGGAGCAGCAACAAGAAAGACUAAAACAAUUACAUUCAGCCAUUGGAGACCAUUUGAAUCGAUUGGAGAAAAAUAUAGAUACCCAUUAUAACCAAGGCGUUGAAAAAAUAUCAAGCAACACAGAACAAUUAAAGUCUCUAGCACAAACAACACAAGCCAACCUGCAAGACAUUGAAAAGGCAGAAAUAGAAGAGAGCCAAGUCAACUUAUUCCAUAUCGUAAAACAUCUCGAUACCAGUCAACUGUCAGAUGAGGAAAAUCUUCAGCUUUUAGAGAAUGAUAUUAGCAAUAUACCGUUACAGUUUAUUCCUGAGACUUUCAUUGGCAAAGUAGAUGCAAUGUUUAAUGAGUUUGAUCAUGAUGCUCAAACGACGUCGUUAAAAAUCCAAAAUAGUAGGAGUAAGACCAGGCAGUCACAAUUACGCGUGGAUUUAGAUGAACAACAAAGUCUUAAAAAAACGGGAAUUUAUCAUGCAGGAAAGUCUUCGAAAUUUUAUGCAUGCUGCUUCAGCGAAGACAACAAGGUUGGAAUAAUCGAAGAACAAUCACUUCGUGAGGAGCAUCCUAGUCCUUUUACUACUGUAACUAUAUACUUGCGAAUCAUUAACCUGAAGGAUUGCAAGUCACACGCUUUCCAACUUGACCAUACAUACAAUAAUAUAUGUAAAGAUACUAUUUGCUGGUUCGAUCGAAACAACAUAUUAAUUGUUCAAGAUGAUAGUGUUCACGUUAUUGACCUGAAAUUAGAGAAUAUUUAUCGUACACUUAAAGUAAUCAAGUAUACUGGUUGUUCAUCACCAUGGCCAGUAUCCUGCAACUGGAUAACUUGUAUCGAAAGUCAGAUUCUGGUAUUUUGUAAUUAUACUUGGGUUUCUUGGAUGGAUUACAAUGGAAAAAGUGUGAAAAGGGUUGAAUUUGAAGAGAAUGUUUAUGAUCUAGAUGUAUUUGAUAAUAAGAUAUACUGUACGUUAAGUAACUUACACGAAAUCAAAUGCACAACGUUUGCUAAUUCUACUCAAACAUGCUACACCAGCUUAGAUCUGAGAAAAAGCUGUAGAAUUGCAGCAGGAGAUAAUUUGAUAUUCCUCAUGGAGAAGGAAAGAAACACCAUCUUUAGAAUAGAUCUCACGACCAAACAACGUUCUACGUUCCAUAAGGAUGAGAUCACCAACCCAACACAUAUCAAUUUCAAUGAUAAGACUAAAGAACUAGCAGUGACAUUUGACGAAGGGAACAGUUUGAAAAUCUUUAGUGUAUAG